AUGGACGAUUCACAGGGCGAGCAAGAUAACGGACCCUCACGAGAAGCCGCAAUCUCCAAUCAUGCCACCGGCGGCCCUUUGCGAAUGACAUUGGGGGAAGCUGCUGAGAAGCAAAUCAUCAGGAACCAGCUUGAUUCACCUAUUGUUGAGCCGAGCUAUUUGGCACUCUAUCGUUAUGCGGACUUUUGGGACUGCCUUCUUAUCGGCAUUAGCGCUAUCAGUGCUAUUGCUGCGGGUGCUGUUCUUCCUCUCUUAUCCAUUCUGUUCGGUCAGUUGACUUCUGCAUUCCAACGGGUAUCUCUCGAUACUAUCGCAUACCAUGACUUCGAGGCACAGUUGAACAAGAACGUUUUGUACUUCGUCUACAUUGGCAUUGCCGAGUUAGCAACAGUCUACAUAUCAACUGUGGGUUUCAUAUACACUGGGGAGCGGAUCACCCAGAAAAUCCGACAAGAAUAUCUCAGGGCCAUUCUGCGCCAGAACAUUGCCUACUUCGACAAUCUUGGAGCCGGAGAGAUCACCACACGGAUAACAGCUGACACCAAUAUUAUCCAAGACGGCAUCUCCCAGAAGAUUGGCCUCACCUUGACGGCUGUGGCAACGUUUGUCACUGCAUUCAUCAUUGCCUACGUUAAGUAUUGGAAACUCGCACUAAUCUGCACGUCGACAAUUGUGUGUCUGCUGUCGGUCAUGAGUGGCGGCUCCAGUCUCAUCAUUCGUUUCGGCAAGCGGUCUUUUCAGAGCGUUGCCAGUGGCAGCACUGUUGCCGAAGAGGUGAUUAGAUCAAUUCGAACGGUCACCGCAUUUGGGAACCACGAGCGGCUCGCAGAACAAUACGACACAUAUCUGAGAACGGCUGAGAGACAGGGCGUCAGGAUGCAACUUAUACAAGCAGCCAUGAUCGGGUCUCUUUACGCCGUCAUGUUCUGGAAUUACGGUCUCGGUUUUUGGCAAGGCUCGCGCUUCCUGAUCAAUGGCGAAGCGGACGUUGGCCAAAUCUUGACCAUCUUGAUGGCCAUUCUCACUGGCUCCUACUCUCUCGGAAACGUCGCUCCAAAUAGCCAGGCUUUCAAUAACGCGGUGGCAGCAGCAGCUAAGAUAUACAGCACCAUUGAUCGCCAAUCACCUCUUGACCCGACUUCCGACGUUGGCAAGAGGCUUACGCAGGUAAUAGGCAGCAUAGAAUUGCGAAAUGUGAGGCAUAUAUAUCCUUCUCGGCCUGAAGUUACAGUGGUGAAGAGCAUAAGUCUUCUCGUCCCAGCAGGUCGCACAACCGCGCUCGUGGGUCCUUCUGGGUCCGGCAAAAGCACCAUUAUCGGGUUACUCGAGCGCUUUUACAGCCCUGUAAGCGGCGAGAUCCUGCUGGACGGACACAACAUACAAUCCCUGAACCUCCGAUGGCUUCGAAACCAAAUUUCGCUAGUUGGUCAGGAGCCUAUACUCUUUUCUGCGACAAUCUUCGAGAAUAUCAAGUUUGGGCUUACCGGCACUCCGCUUGAGAAUGAACCUCCAGAACUGACACGAAAGCGCAUUGAAGAGGCGGCCGAGAUGGCCAACGCACAUGCCUUUAUUACGUCUCUGCCUGACGGAUACGAGACCCAUGUGGGGGAACAGGGGUUCUUACUCUCAGGCGGCCAAAAACAGCGUGUUGCCAUCGCCCGUGCAAUCGUGAGCGACCCGAAGAUUCUCCUCCUCGACGAGGCCACUUCAGCCUUGGACACCAAAUCAGAAGAAGUCGUGCAAGCAGCACUCGAUAAAGCUGCCAAGGGGCGUACGACUAUCAUCAUCGCACAUCGGCUUUCGACAAUAAAAGCAGCUGACAACAUUGUCGUUAUGGUUCACGGCGAGAUUGCGGAGCAAGGAACUCAUGAAGAGCUACUGUCUCUAGAAGGCGAAUACUUCAAACUCGUUGAGGCACAGAGACUGGGCGACAUCAACGAAGCGCAAUAUACAGCAAGCCUGUCCGCACAGGGUCAAGGAGCCGUAAUCUUGAACGAGUGCACAGAGAAGGCGGCCCGCGUUGCAUCCUUUCAAAGUGGAAGUUUCGCCGCGGCCUACAAUGAAAAGCCAUUAGCGGCCAGAACCAAAGAGCAAGAGACGGCGUCUCGAGCAACCAUCUCGUCAGCCAGAGAGACAGCCAAGGCCGAAAAGCACUACUCGCCUUGGACUUUGGUCAAGUUCACCGCGUCUUUCAAUCGACCUGAGCUCCUACUCAUGAUUGUUGGCCUCAUUUUCGCGAUUCUGGCAGGUUGCGGCCAGCCGUCUCAGGCUGUCAUUUACUCCAAAGCCAUCAACACAUUAGCUUUACCACCAGAAUUGUACAAGAAGCUCCGACGCGAUGCUAAUUUUUGGUCCCUGAUGCUUUUCAUACUCGGUAUCGCUCAAUUUUUCCUCUUCUCGAUACAAGGCAUUUGCUUGGGGAUCAGCUCAGAGAAGCUGCUCCGCCGCGCCAGAAGUAAGGCGUUCAAAGUCUUACUGCGGCAAGACAUUGCCUUUUUCGAUGAGCAUUCGACUGGUGCCCUGACGUCCUUUCUCUCCACCGAGACGAAGCAUCUGUCUGGCAUUAGUGGAGUAACACUAGGCACAAUCUUCAUGGUGUCGACAACUCUUACGGCGUCCAUGGUCGUUGCCCUGGUUAUUGGGUGGAAACUGGCCUUGGUUUGUAUCUCAAUCGUGCCCGUGCUCUUGUUCUGCGGAUUUUGGAGAGUCUCGAUGCUUGCUCGAUUCCAAGCACAGUCCAAGAAGGCCUAUGAGGCGUCCGCUAGCUAUGCCUGCGAGGCAACCGCAGCUAUUCGCACCGUAGCUUCGCUCUGUCGCGAAGACGAUGUCCUCGCUACAUAUCAAGGCCAGCUCGCAAGUCAGGCACGAGCUAGUUUUCUAUCGGUGUUUAAAUCUUCCUUUUUUUAUGCGCUAUCGCAAGCACUCACGUUCUUCUGCAUGGCUUUAGGAUUUUGGUACGGUGGUACGCUCCUUGGUAAGCACGAGUAUACAAUUUUCCAGUUCUUCGUUUGUUUCAGCGAGGUUAUAUACGGUGCCCAAGCCGCCGGCUCAAUUUUUUCCAACGCGCCUGAUAUUGGAAAGGCCAAGAAUGCAGCUGCCGAGCUGAAAAAACUCUUCGACCGCAAGCCUCUCAUUGAUGUGUGGUCCAAAGAGGGCGAGGUCAUUGCCAACAUCCAGGGCUCUAUCGAGUUUUGUAAUGUGCAUUUCCGAUAUCCUACGCGUCCCACACAGCCUGUGCUGGCGGGUCUGAGCUUUACAGCCAAACCAGGGCAAUUCGUCGCAUUAGUUGGUGCCAGCGGGUGUGGCAAAAGCACAACCAUUGCGCUCUUAGAGCGCUUCUACGAUAUUUCUUCGGGCCAUAUAUAUGUUGACGGAAAAGAUAUUUCACAGCUGAACGUUAACUCGUAUCGAAGCCAGCUUGCUCUCGUCAGUCAGGAGCCAUUACUAUGUCGGGGCACGAUCCGAAGCAAUAUUCUCCUGGGCAGCAACGAUCUGCAGGUAACUGAAGAUGCGGUCAUCAAGGCGUGUAAGGAGGCCAAUAUCUACGACUUCAUUCUUUCGCUUCCAGAAGGUCUAGACACAUUGGUCGGCAGUAAGGGUAGCAUGCUAUCCGGCGGCCAAAAACAACGUGUUGCAAUUGCCCGAGCCCUUCUUCGAGAUCCAAAAAUUCUCCUUCUUGACGAAGCAACUUCGGCUCUUGACUCAGAGUCGGAGAUGGUUGUACAAGCAGCUCUAGAUGCCGCUGCCCGAGGCCGCACAACCAUCGCGGUGGCUCAUCGCCUCAGUACUAUAAGAAAAGCCGACACCAUUUACGUAUUCGACGAGGGCCAUGUAGUUGAGAGCGGAACUCAUCAUGACCUUAUGCAACACAAGGGCCGCUAUUACGAGUUAGUGAACCUACAAAGCCUGGGAGAAGGUCCCUAA